CAGAUGUAAACUCCUUCGCGUCUUCGAAAGAGUCUCUGUUUUGCCAGGUCUCGGCUUCAGUGCUGAUUUGUUUUAGUUGUUAAAAAAAAUAAAUAAAUAGAUAGAUAAAAAGAACAUGGCAGGAAAGGAGAAACUGGAUUUGGUCCAUCAAAACGCAAUUCAUGUUGAAACGAUCCUGAAAGAGCAAAGACAACAGAAACUCCACACGGAGUUCAGCAUCAACCCACACCGGAAAUUACAUGUCCUGCCAGACAAACCCAUGUCUAGGAAACCAAAAGAAGAUGUUGCAGAGAGCUCGGACUUCAUUGAGGCCUUCCAAAGGGCCCGCCAGGAACCCACCAAGAAAUAUGCAUUUCCACAGACUGAGAGUCAGGAAAUAGGAUGGAUGUCAACUCCACUGAUCCCAUCGAACCGCAGUGACAAGAGAUUCAAUUUCUACCGAUUCAGCUCGGACGUCACCAAACACCAAGAAUCUGCCCUGCGUUUAUCACAUUAGACCAAAAUAAAUAAUGAUAAUCUCCAAAAAGUGAGCAA